CCCGGCGCCCAGGCGGCCCUCAGACUGUGCCUUGAAAAUAUCGCCUAUCAUAUUACGCGAUCCCGUAAGAUGCCGGUAUAUAACGUGACGAUCGACGACGCAAGUCCUCUUGUCCAGUAUGACCAGUGGUGGACCGAUUCUUCUCACACAGACCCCUUCUGGACGAAUUACACAGACCGCACGUUCCACCCGACCGAGCAAUUUGGCGCCGCUGCUACGGUGACCUUCAACGGCUCUGCUGUGUACAUCUUCGGAGCCAAGCGUCCAAAUCAUGACGUCUAUGCUGUGACUAUCGACGGCGCAACCACAACUGCAAACGGCUACAGCGGGUCUGCCAACAUCAACAUCUUCAACGCGACGCUGUUCAGCCAAACGGGUCUGGAUACCUCGGAACAGCACCAAAUCGCGCUGCAGAACAAGUACAGCACAUCGACACCAGCGUAUGUAGACCUCGAUUAUGUCAUCAUCACUUCUGGGGACGGGAACGCGAGUACGCAGUCUCAGGAUACCGUCUGGGAUGACGACCACGCCGAAUAUUCCAUUGGCUGGGACACCUCGCCAAACGGCUUACAGGACAACUACUAUAAUCAGACUAUGCACCGUACAAACGUUAUGAACGCAUCCGCAUCCGUGAUCUUCACGGGCAAUGCCAUUUCGAUUUACGGCGCUACCUCAACGAACCAUGGAUUAUUUUCUGUUUCUCUCGACAGCGCACAGCCCCUCAUUUUGAAUGGCACUACUCCGUCAUAUAUCGGGAUCCGCUACCAAAAUCUCCUGUAUUGGGCGGGCGGCUUAUCCAAUGGCCAACAUAAUGUUACUAUCGCGAACGUGGACAGCACUUUCCUGGACCUAGACAAGUUCGUAGUGUCUAAUUGGUCACAGCCAGACGCCAGUAGCACGACCAUCAGCUCUUCGCCGACAUCUUCCUCGAGCGCUGCUUCCACGAAGGCUCCGGGAGAUAAUGGCGGCGGCAGCACUACGCACCAUUCCUCAUCUGGACCAGUCAUCGGCGGUGUCGUUGCUGGCGUCGUGGUUCUUGCCCUCAUUGGCCUGGGCGCAUUCCUCUUCUACCGCCGGCGGUCGCGCCGGGGGUUGGACCGCAUCCAGUACUUGCGGCCCGGCAACGAGUCCAAAGGCGGUGACGUCCUCUCUGCCGCGGACGACCCCUUUGCCAUCGAGCCCUUCCCGGUCGUGAACUCCGUGCACAAACGUACGCCACUGAGCCCUUCGACGCACGCGGCCGGCCCGCAUGGUGCGUCGACCUUCGACACAUCAACGAUUUUGGGGACGGGGACGUCAGGGGACGUAGAGUCGGGGUACAUCGUCGCGAGCGCACACGCCCCAUGGCCAGACGAGAACCCGCAUAGAGACAUGCCGCCUCCAGACUACGCACAGGCAACUGCCACGAGCUCGUCACGCCGUAUGCUCCCGCCACCGCCUAUCCCGAACGAUCCACCACACCGCAAAUCAUGACAUGUACCUUGUCUAUAUCCCGCUCUCGCACGCUUUCACGCGCUCGUUUGUUGUUAUCUUAACCGGACUCUGAAACCUCAUGCUGGACAUCUCAUAC